UGCCUGGCUGCUCCUAGGACCAGUCACCUUCAAGCCGCUUUACAGAUUCUCCAGUAUAUCAAGAGGACACCUGGACAAGGUCUUUUCUUUCCUUCAUCAUUUGCUAUUCAGAUUAAGGCAUUUUCUGAUGCUGAUUGGAGCACAUGUCCUGACACUAAAAAAUCUCUCACUGGUUAUUAUGUUUUUCUUGGGUCUUCAUUAGUCUCAUGGAAAUCAAAGAAACAACAAGUCGUUUCUCGGUCAUCUGCUGAAGCCGAGUAUCGCUCCAUGGCCAACACUACUUGCGUAAUCGUUUGGAUUCUGAAAUUGUUACGAGAUUUAAAGGUGCAACACCAAGGUCUUGCAUUACUUUACUGUGAUAAUCAGGCAGCUCUACACAUUACUUCAAAUCCAAUGUAUCAUGAGGGAACAAAACACAUUGAGCUUGACUGUCAUUUAUUCGUGAGAAGAUUCAAGAUAGUACCUUGA